GCAGUAAUGCCACCUGAAGUGAUCUGACUGAACACUGAACCUGAACGAACAACGAACGUGGGAUUAACAUAACCUCAUGUAAAUUAUCAAACGGAACCUUCUUAUCCAAAAUAAAUUCAAUAUUACGUAAACGAAUACCAGAUUUCUAUUCGUAUCUAUGUCUCUCGGAUUUCUAGAUUUUUCCACGUUACUGAUACGGCAAUUGUCUACAAUAGAUUGAUGUUUUUCAUAGAUAAAUAUAAAUAUAAAAUCGCGGCAUUUUUAUAUCACGUAACAUAAAAAUAAUGACCGAACAGGAGGAACUUAUCGUCUGUGUGCCCGGCCAAAGGUUAUGUGUAGCUGAUAAAAGCAACGUAGCCGGACCUGGGACAUACGAGCAGCAGGGUUACAUCUAUUCGAAGCUCGCUGGGAUCGUAAAAUUAGUAACAAACGACAAAACUCGUACGAUUGAGGUACGUGGUAUAACGGAGCAAAGCAUCGUUCCUGCGCCAGGAGACAUCGUGACGGCCAUGGUCACUGUAGUUAAUCAAAGAUUUUGUAAAUGUAGCAUCAAGUGCGUGGGUGACAUAGUACUGACGAGACCUUACAGAGGAAUACUGAGGAAGGAGGAUGUUCGAGCAAUUGACAAAGACAAAAUAGAGAUGUACAAGUGCUAUCGACCUGGAGACAUCAUUCUCGCAAGAGUUAUGCCAAUGACAGAAAUACACACUUAUCAAUUGAGCACCGCGGAAAAUGAACUAGGAGUAGUUAUAGCUCACAGCGAUGAAGGUGUUGCCAUGGUGCCGAUCAGCUGGACACAGAUACAAUGCCCGAAAUCUUUGAGCAAGGAAUUCCGUAAAGUUGCUAAAGUUGUGCCAGAACAUAUCGUAGCGGAACAGACUGAGUAAUAAGCCUACAAGUAAUCAGUCUUUCAACUGCAUAGUAUAUUUUACAUCGUAAUACAAUUUCAUGUAAAAAGUUUAUAUAAGUGAACAUAAUUCUCGUAUAUUGACAUUAAAGAUAAAGAUUAAACAAUUUGGAACAGCAAGUAAAGAAGUUCCCAAA